UGGUUUUCAGAAUUAAGAGGGGAAAAUAUUAGGUCUUCACCAUAAAUUUGGAAGGGGUUGAGAGAAUCCUUCCUGCCAAUCCACCGGAGAAACAGAGAGAGACUCAGAGAGGAGAGAAAACGCGAAGGGGAGCGAGGGGGAGCGAAAUGAGAUCAAACCUCAGAUUACCCAGAUCGAGAGGAAGCCGGAUUUCUCUCGAUAAGUUCUUGAAAUCCACUAAAAAUCUCUCGAAACCUUCGCCGAAGCUUUGGCCGGAUGAUCCCCGACCUGAACCAAUUCCUUCCGACGAACAAGGAUUGCCCAUUUUGGACCUCCGUCACCCGCUCCUUCAGAAGCUCGAAUCUUCGAGAUCUGUCGCUGAAUUUGAUCAGAUUUACGUCCAAAUCGUUGUCUCCGGCCUCCUUCAGUACUCUCUCGCUGCCGGUCGAGUGAUUAAGAAACUUUGUAGUGGCUUUGGUUUGUGUUCUCGCGCUGUUUCGGUUAUCGAUUCCAUCGAUGAAGCCGAUGUGUUUAUGGGCAACACCAUUCUGAGGUGUUUCGUGAACUCCAAUGACCCGUUGGAUGCUUUAGGGUUUUACUAUGGCAAAAUGGUCGCCAGAUGCCUUGGGCAUAACCACUAUACAUUUCCCUUGUUAACGAAGGUCUGUGCGGAGAUUGGAUCGGUGAAAGAGGGAGAGAAGAUUCAUUCACUGGUUCUGAAAUAUGGGUUCGAGUCGGAUUUGUAUGUUAGGAACUCAUUGAUUCAUAUGUACGCGGUAUGUGGACGGGUUCGAGAUGCACGCAAUGUGUUCGAUGGAGGGUCUGUUUUGGAUUUGGUGAGUUGGAAUUCGAUGAUUGAUGGGUACGUGAAGAACGGAGACAUGACUGUUGCUCGUGAGUUGUUCGAUGAAAUGCCUGAGAGAGAUGUUUUCAGCUGGAAUUCUAUGGUCAGUGGUUAUGCAGGGAUUCAGGAUAUGGAGGCUGCAAGGUAUCUGUUCGAGAGGAUGCAUCUCCGUGAUACUUUCUCUUGGAAUUCUAUGAUCGAUGGUUACGCAAAGGCAGGAAAUGUUGUUCUUGCACGGGAAUUCUUCAAUCGAAAUCCGAAAAGAAGUGUGGGUUCUUGGAAUAUUGUAUUGGCUCUCUACGUUCGGGUCAAAGAUUACGUAGAAUGCCUGAGAUUGUUCGAGGUAAUGCUGGAUGAAGGAGAGUGUAAGCCAAAUGAGGCAUCCAUUGUGAGCGUAUUGACCGCUUGUGCAAAUUUACGCCGGCUUGAUACAGGGAAGUGGAUACAUUCGUACAUUAGAAGCAACGGGAUUAAACCCGAUCUGCUGCUCUCAACAUCUUUGCUGACAAUGUAUGCUAAAUGCGGGGCAGUGGAUAUGGCCCGAGACAUAUUCGAUACAAUGCAAAAGAGAAGCAUUGUGUCAUGGAGUUCGAUGAUUAUGGGGUAUGGUAUGCACGGUUAUGGAGAGAAAGCCGUGGAAAUGUUUCUAGAGAUGGAAGAUAGUGACGAUGUUGUUGUCCCUGACGUUACAACUUUCAUUUGUGUUCUGUCUGCCUGUGUUAAUGCCGGAAUGUUUCUAGAAGGUUGGUGGUUCUUUGAUCGUAUGUGUCGAGUCUACAAAAUCAAGCCUGGAACGAAGCACUACGGCUGUAUGGUCGAUCUUCUUGGCCGAGCUGGUCUGACAAAAGAUUCUGAGGAUCUAACACGAAAAACCCGACCCCUCCUUUCUUCUUGCUUCACUCAUGCCGAUACCGAGCUUGGAAGAAUCUUGGCUGAGCAUUUGAUCAGGGUAAACCCGAAUGAUGUCGGGCAUUAUGUGUUACUGUCACAUAUAUACGCAUUGGAAGGAAAGUGGGAGGAGGUGGAAGGAGUGAGAAGGAUGAUGAACGAGAAAAACUUGCAGAUACCUGCAAUGUCGGGAGCCGUCAGAACGAGAGAAUCAAAAUCUGCAGCUACUCCGGGAACUUACUCGUCUUACAGGGAAAGGAUCAUAUACUCGAUGUUGUGUGAGAUGGGUGACGAGCUGAAGGCAGUGGCUGUGAGUGAGAACUGUACGGAAGAGUAGAUGACAUCGGAUGUUGUCAUGGACCGACAUGGGUCCAAUUGACUGAAUUAUUCGCAGAAACAUAUAAUGAUGUUCGAAAAGGUACAAUACCCAACGAGGUGAAACAACUCAAACACAGGAGCUGAUAUUAUUCAAACCAGACUAUGGCAAAAAGCACAAGUUUUACACAAGAAGCAGAAGAAGAUAAGUGAAAUGGGUCGAUGACCUUAUUGAUGGUAGUCAGGUAAUGGUCUUCGACGGCUUCAGUCCCAAAUCCGACCCGAGAUACCUCCCUUGAAAGUGUCCACCCGACGUCGACGAAUGUCAUGCAAUAAGUAUGCUAUAAGAGGUACAGCUGCGAUCCAUGUAGCACAUACCGGAUAGGCCAACUCCAAUAUGAACGAUCCGACAUCUUCUCUUGGAUCUUCCGAGUUCGGAAACGUAUAGGCAAAUGAUCCGAGGUUAGAAAUCCCGAGAGCCACGAUCGAACCGCAGAGAACUGUCCAGGUCGGGAGUCCAAUGAUGAAGAAAAUGAUCACGGCCAUGGACGAGAAGAAGGAGACUCCGUUGAAACCGUAGAAAAAUAUCGCGGGAUCGAAGUUCAUCGUCAUCUGGCCAGCCACAUGCUGUUCUGUGGCAUCAUCCGAGCUCGAGGAAGAGUCGUCUUGCCAAUAUCCGCCGGGUGGGCUGAGACCGGCCUGAUACGUGGCCGUGGCUAUCAGUAUGGCCACGACAAGAACUGAGCUCUGGAUAUCGCUUUUGUCUCUGGUUCUUUUCCUGCUGCUGUUGAAAUUGCUCAGUCCCAACAGUUUGUUUCGUCUCUCGAAAAUCGACAGAUUUUGCAUCAGAUACUCCGGAAGGGUUCUGGUCGGACCGGUCAGUUCUUUCGCCUCUUUCGCUUUGGCACCUCGGAGGAUUUUGGCGAUGUCUGGAUUCAGAGAAGAUUGUUUACUUUGGAAUAUGUCCAAAGCAGUCUUCUCCUCGAAGUUCUUCGCGUUUACGUGGACUUUCUUGCACAGCAA